AUGGCUGUUGUUGUAUCAUCAAACGGGAAUGCUCCGGCUUUCGAAGCCAAGUUAACUGUCUAUGUCUUCAUCUGCGUUGUAAUUGCUGCUUUCGGCGGUUUGAUCUUCGGUUACGACAUCGGAAUUUCCGGUGGAGUAACGGCUAUGGACGAUUUCUUGAAAGAAUUUUUCCCUGCUGUGUGGGAGAGGAAGAAGCAUGCACAUGAGAAUAAUUACUGCAAGUAUGAUAAUCAGUUCUUGCAGCUAUUCACAUCGUCUCUUUACCUAGCUGCGCUUGUGGCCAGCUUCUUUGCUUCAGCCGUGUGUUCUAAACUCGGAAGGAAGCCCACGAUGCAGUUCGCUUCUAUCUUCUUCUUGAUCGGUGUAGGGCUAACCGCAGGAGCCGUUAACCUCAUCAUGUUGAUCUUUGGAAGAAUCUUGCUUGGCUUUGGUGUUGGCUUUGGCAACCAGGCAGUGCCACUUUUCUUAUCAGAGAUUGCUCCGGCACAGCUCAGGGGAGGUCUCAACAUUGUGUUCCAACUCAUGGUCACAAUAGGAAUCCUAAUAGCCAACCUUGUCAAUUACUUCACCGCCACGGUACACCCUUACGGUUGGAGAAUUGCUCUCGGUGGAGCUGCGAUUCCCGCAGUCAUCCUCCUCUUCGGUUCGUUGAUCAUCUGCGAGACUCCCACGAGUCUCAUCGAGCGUAACAAAAACGAAGAAGGCAAAGAAGCUUUAAGGAAGAUCAGAGGAGUUGAAGAUAUAAAUGAAGAGUAUGAAUCUAUAGUCCAUGCUUGUGAAAUUUCGAAUCAAGUCAAGGACCCUUUCAGGAAACUGUUGAAGCCAGCGAGUCGCCCACCGUUCAUCAUUGGAAUGCUUCUCCAGCUUUUCCAGCAGUUUACAGGAAUCAAUGCUAUUAUGUUCUAUGCACCUGUUCUGUUUCAGACAGUUGGGUUUGGUAGUGACGCAGCUCUUCUCUCUGCGGUUAUCACGGGAACUAUCAACGUUUUGAGUACGUUCGUUGGGAUCUACCUCGUAGACAAAACUGGCAGGAGAUUCCUUCUUCUACAAUCUUCAGUUCACAUGCUCAUUUGCCAGUUGAUCAUUGGAAUCAUCCUAGCGAAAGACUUAGGCACGACGGGGACACUUGGGAAGCCACAAGCACUAGUGGUUGUGAUCUUUGUGUGUGUUUACGUGAUGGGAUUCGCGUGGUCAUGGGGACCUUUAGGAUGGUUGAUUCCUAGCGAGACGUUUCCACUAGAGACUCGAAGUGCAGGAUUCGCUGUUGCUGUCUCGUGCAACAUGUUCUUCACGUUUGUGAUCGCGCAGGCUUUCUUGUCGAUGCUUUGUGGGAUGAGAUCGGGGAUAUUCUUCUUCUUCAGUGCUUGGAUCGUUGUGAUGGGACUGUUUGCGAUGUUCUUCAUACCGGAGACGAAAGGAGUGGCUAUUGAUGAUAUGAGGGAGAGUGUGUGGAAGCCACAUUGGUUCUGGAAGAGGUAUAUGCUUGAUGAGGAUGAUGUGGAGAAGAGAAACUGA